UGCUGGAGAAUCAACCACUCGCUCACGAUUAGUCGUAGUGAGAAGAAGUAUCGCUGAAAUCACGGAGUGAACGGAGAAUUCGCGCGCGCGUUCUUACUGCCCUUCGACCAGUCCCCGUUGUGACCGUUGUAACCUUUUCGGGAGUUCUUUUUUUGGAAGCUGGAGAAGAAACAUCUGUUUUUGUUGUGUUAAAUUUUGUUUUUCAACUCUUCGGAAAUGUUCUCAUCGUUGAGCUCCUACAUUUGGGGAUCGUCGGACAGUGGAAGUCCUCUUGAUGAAGUAACGUUUACAAUCAAUGGAGUAUCGUAUACCAUCAAUUCCAAAAGUGUGCCGAUUGGCACCGCUCUCAACACCUUCAUCCGCAACCAUGCUCAUCUCAGCGGCACCAAGUUCAUGUGCUUGGAGGGAGGCUGCGGGGCGUGCAUUGUCAACAUGAAUGGCUUACAUCCGGUCACUCGAGAGAAGACCUCGUGGGCUGUCAACUCGUGCUUGUUCCCGGUGUUUGCCUGCCAUGGUUUGGAUAUCAUCACCAUCGAAGGUAUCGGAAACAAGAAAGAUGGGUACCAUCCGGCGCAGCAGCGAUUGGCUCACUUCAACGGCACCCAAUGCGGAUACUGUUCCCCGGGGAUGGUCAUGAACAUGUACAGUUUGCUGGAAUCCAAAAAGGGACAUGUGUCGAUGGAAGAAAUCGAAAACUCGUUCGGCGGGAACAUGUGUCGAUGCACGGGAUACAGACCGAUUUUGGACGCUUUCAAAUCGUUGGCUGUUGACGCCGAUCAGCAACUGCUCGAUGCUUGCCAGGAUAUUGAGGAUUUGGCGAAAGUUUGCCCGAAGACCGGAAGCGCUUGUGCUGGAAAAUGUUCCGCUAUCCAGAAAACUGAAAACAAAAAGUCAAUACGAAUGGUUUUCGAAAACGAUUCCGUAUGGCAUAAAGUGUACAGUUUGGGCGAGAUUUUUACGAUUUUUGAACAAAUAGGCGAAAAGCCGUACAUGUUGGUAGCUGGCAACACGGCGCAUGGAGUAUAUAGAAGAAGUGAUAAUAUUCAGGUUUUCAUCGAUAUCAAUUCCGUUGAUGAGCUGCACUCCCACUCGCUAGGGGAUGAUCUGACAAUUGGCGGAAGUGUCUCUCUCACCGAUUAUAUGGCAAUUUUGACGGAUGCAGCGAACAAGAAUAACAAGUUCAGUUACGCUAAAGAGCUCGUCAAACAUAUCGAUCUCAUUGCGAACGUUCCAGUGCGUAACGCUGGUACGAUCGCGGGAAAUCUCAGUAUAAAGAACCAGCACCACGAGUUUCCAUCCGAUAACUAUCUCAUCCUGGAAGCUGUUGACGCUAAGUUAGCCAUAGCUGAAUCCGGCGGUAAAACAAUUUGCAUUAGUCCGCUAGAAUUCGUCCAAACGAACAUGAACAAAAGAGUUAUUUGGAAUGUCAUCCUUCCAUCGUUGGAUCCGUCCGUAUACUUCUUCAAAUCGUUCAAAAUUAUGCCUCGAGCUCAAAAUGCUCAUGCGUACGUUAAUGGUGCAUUCCUCAUGAAGUUCAACGAAGCCAAGAACAGUGUGGAGUCGGCUCGGAUUUGCUUCGGCGGAAUCAAUCCAAACUUCACCCAUGCCACAGCAACCGAAAAGUUCUUGGUCGGCAAAAAUUUGUUCGACAACGAUACCAUUCAAGCCGCUUUCGCUACCCUGGCCGGUGAGCUGGAUCCCGAUUGGGUUCUCCCGGAUGCCUCGAUUGAGUACCGCAAGAAUCUCGCAAUCUCGCUGUUCUACAAAUACAUUCUUGCCAUAGUGCCGGAGGGACAGUACAGCCUCAACCCGGUGUACAAAUCGGGAGGAACCAUUCUAGAACGACCGCUGUCAUCUGGGAAGCAAUCAUUUGAUUCGUACGAGCGGAAUUGGCCACUCACCAAGAACGUUCCCAAGAUUGAGGCCCUGGCUCAGACGGCUGGCGAAGCGAAAUUCAAUAAUGAUCUAGCGCCUCAACCUGGAGAGCUAUAUGCGGCAUUCGUGCUUGCCACCGAGGCUCACUCCAAGAUUGCCAAAAUUGAUGCCUCGAAUGCCUUGAAAAUGCCUGGAGUAGCUGCAUUCUUCUCGGCGAAGGACAUUCCCGGAACGAACAACUUUAUGCCUGCAGGUUUGGGUAACGAGGACGUAGAGGAAAUUCUUUGCAGUGGCGAUGUACUGUUCUAUGGGCAGCCGGCAGGUGUAAUCGUGGCUGAAACGUUCAACCAAGCGCAGAAGGCUGCUCAAGCUGUGAACAUAACAUACGAAAAGCCGGAAAACCGACCCAUCUAUCCUACCCUGAAGUCUGUGAUGAACGUGGAUGUCCAAAACCGCUUCUGCGAUUUGUCAAUCGACAAGAAAGGCGUAGACUAUAGAUUCAAACCGGCGGAAAUGGCCACCAAAAACAUAAAGGGUCGCUUCGAGAUUGCCGGCCAGUACCAUUAUACAAUGGAAACGCAAACCUGUGUUUGUGUCCCGAUAGAGGAUGGCAUGGACGUGUAUUCGUCGAGCCAGUGGAUGGAUCUCACACAAGUGGCAAUAGCGGAGUCGUUGAAGGUACCCCAAAACAGUCUCAAUCUUUACGUUCGUCGACUCGGCGGUGGAUAUGGGUCGAAAAUUUCCCGUGCCGCUCAAGUUGCCUGCGCAUGUGCCCUAGCGGCACACUUCACACAUCGUCCGGUUCGUUUUGUCCUUCCGCUCGAGACAAACAUGACCGCGAUUGGAAAACGAUACGGAUGUAUCAGCGAUUACGAUGUGGAUGUUGAGAAAAAUGGCAAAAUCAAGAAGCUGAGUAAUUCCUAUGUACAGGACUAUGGUAUUGCGUUGAACGAGUCGGUGAAAGCACAAACCGAUAUGUUCUUCAAGAACUGUUAUGACACAAAGCUGUGGAAGAAUGAUGGAAAGGCGAUCAGAACAGAUGCCCCGAGCAACACGUGGUGUCGGGCACCUGGGACAACGGAAGGUAUUGCUAUGAUCGAAAAUAUAAUGGAACACAUUGCCCAAGAGACUGGUCAAGAUCCGCUCGAGGUGCGCCUAGCAAAUGUUCCGAACGAUAACAAAAUGCAACAACUGAUUCCACGGUUCCGCAAAGAUGUGGAAUAUGAUAACCGCAGGAAAGCUAUCGAUGCGUUCAACGCUGCCAAUCGUUGGAAGAAACGUGGAAUCGCAAUUGUACCGAUGCAGUACUGGUUGGAAUAUUUCGGGCAGCUGAAUGCGAUUGUUUCGAUUUUCGCCGGAGAUGGUACGGUUUCUGUCACCCAUGGUGGAAUCGAAAUGGGUCAAGGAAUGAACACUAAAGUUGCCCAGGUGACGGCUUUUGCCUUGGGUAUCCCGCUGGAGAAGGUCAGCGUGAAACCGUCGACUAGUUUGACUUCGCCAAAUGCAAUCGUCACCGGAGGCAGUAUGACUAGCGAAGCCGUAUGCUAUGCGGUCAAAAAAGCAUGUGAUAGAUUGGUGCAACGUAUCAAACCCGUUCGAGACGGAAAUCCUGAUGCCCCGUGGGAAAUGAUCGUUAAAUUAUCCUACGUUAAAAACAUCGAUCUGUGUGCGGAGGCCCAAUACAAAGCUGAGGAUCUGAAAUCCUAUUUCAUCUGGGGUCUCAGCUGUGCUGAAGUUGAGGUGGACAUUCUCACGGGAAAUGUACAGGUAAAGCGAGUGGAUAUUCUUGAGGACACAGGAGAAAGCAUGAGUCCAGGGAUCGAUGUUGGUCAGAUAGAGGGAGCCUUCGUGAUGGGCAUCGGUUACUACUUGACGGAAGCUCUGGUUUACGACAACAUGACCGGUGCGCUUCUAACGAACCGCACCUGGACGUACAAGCCACCUGGUGCUAAGGAUAUUCCCAUCGAUUUUCGUGUCAGUUUUCUGCAGAAAUCUUCGAACCCAGCCGGAGUAUUGCGAUCAAAAGCAACGGGUGAACCUGCACUGAAUAUGGCCAUUGUGGUUCUGUUCGCUCUCCGAUAUGCGUUGCGCUCGGCUAGGAAGGAUGCUGGCCUGCCAGAUACUUGGAUACCGCUCGGUACACCAACGACCCCCGAUCAGGUUUAUCUGCUCACUGGUAAUAAAUACGAGCAGUAUAUGUUAAACUGAAUGAAAAUUAUGGGUUAUAUGAUAGAUGUAGGAAAAGGUGUAGGUUUUCCAGUGUAUUUAAUGUCAUGUCAAACGUGAACAGCAGUAUUAUCUAUUGACUCUAGAUAAUAUGAAAGAAUCUGUAAUUUCGAAAUGGUGUCAGAGAAUAAAUUAUCCAUAGAUAUA